CUACAGGACGCCAUCUACACGCGAUGUUAACAAGGAAAAUGUCAAACGCGUGUGUCAACCUUUUUCCCGUUACCUUUCUUUGGAGUUAAACCUCUUUUAACUUUCCGUAGGAAAAUCCAAAUCAUCUUCCAAAAUGAGAGUUUAUAAAGAUAUUUUUACUGGUGACGAAAUGUUCUCCGAUAACUUCAAAAUAAAAUUAGUCGACAAUGUACUUUACGAAGUAUAUGGUAAAUUAAUUCAACGUAAGCAAGGAGAUAUCGCCAUUGCGGGUUUCAAUCCAUCUGCCGAAGAAGCCGACGAAGGUACGGAUGAGGCCGUAGAAACUGGUGUUGACGUCAUUUUAAAUCAUAGAUUAUGUGAAUCGUAUGCCUUUGGUGACAAAAAGAGUUAUACCGCCUACCUUAAGGAUUACAUGAAAAAAUUAGUCGAUAAACUACAAAAAGAUGAUCCAGAACAAGUGGACGUAUUCAAAACAAAUAUGAACAAAGUAAUGAAGGACAUUUUGGGCAGGUUUAAGGAAUUGCAAUUCUUUACCGGUGAAUCUAUGGAUUGUGAUGGAAUGGUAGGUCUUCUAGAGUACCGUGAAAUCGACGGCGAAUCUGUUCCGGUUUUGAUGUGUUUUAAGCAUGGCUUGGAGGAAGAGAAAUUUUAGUUCAAUUGUUUUUAACAUCAUUUUACAUAUUUAUAAAUAUCGUCUUUUGUUUUUAUUAUAUUAUUUAUGUUAACGACUAUAGCAAAAUGUUUACUUUUUGUUUGGCAUUUACCAGCAGCUUAUACGGUCUAUGAAUGAAGUAUGUUUAUACUAAUAAUAUGGAAAAUUAAAACAAUUUUUCUAA